AGACUACGGACGCCUUUCUCGGGUCUGUUACCUCGUCGCGACCUUUAGCGGACAUUUCUAUGGAUGUUCGCACCUCGCUGAUUUUGAAAUGAAUUUUUGGAGUCCCAGUGCACAUCGAAAAAAUACUCUUUUUUAAUUAUUAAAUAUAUAUGUUUGCAUUUUAUAUUCGCUUAUGAAGAGAUAACCAAGUGACGUUAAUGUUUGUUUAGUGAAAUUGGUGUGAUACUAGGAUGCAGUGUACAAUGUCUGUAUAUUAAAUUUCUUGGCUUUGCGGUUGCAGUUUGAGUUGAAGAUCGCGCAAAUGCAGCAACGAUGCAGGCCGCAAGGGACUCGAGCAGACAAAAGAGGAGCGUAAAAAGACGGAACUCCAGAAAAAAAUCCUUAUCGCCCUCAGACUUGAAAUGCGUGCGGGACACGAAAAGCGAGAACAAAUUGAACGGUAAACGAUCGUUAUCCGAGGGGUCAGUGAAAGUGCGACACAAGAAAAGUAACAUACAGAGGACUUUGACCCAUCCCAUAUCGUGUGCCGAUUUCGAUGAUGUGCCGAAGAAUAUAGACGAAGUGUUUACAAUGAAAAGUGUUGUGCCUCAAGAAAGUGAUGAGUCCAAUUUGCCUCCAACGAGCAGUGAUAGGGAUACGGAGGAUGAUGUGCGUGUUUUACCCAAACCUGUGAUUCAAAGACCUCGCUGGGACUCCGGUAGCGAGAUGGAUUCCUUGGUAACCAUAGCGGUGAAGAAAGCGACUGCACGACGUCGUCGCGCGCCCGCCAACCUUGAUUGGGGCGUCAAUAGUGAGCCGGGAGAAGUGAGCGAUCCCGAGGCCGGUCGCAUGCGUCCCGAGGACUAUCGCCUCGUGUUCCUCAGCUCCGACUCGUCGUGUCGCGAGGACACGGAGGACUCUGCCUCCACCUCGUCCUCAGCCGCGCCGCCCGCGCCCGACGACUGCGACUGGGAUUACUUCGAGCCGGGCGCGGCGGCACAGCCUCAACCACCCCCGAAGCUUCCGCCUCCAGCUUGCCCGCGCGCUUGCUCUUGCGGCGCUGAACCACGGAUAGUAGCAGUACCAGUGCCCGUGCCAGUGCCAGUACCCGCCGCGCUUUGGCCGGCGCUUCUCGCCUUUCCCACCCCGACCCCGCCCACCCCACACUGGAACACGUACCCUGGCUUCCCCCCGCUCGAUGCGGCGGCGCUCGCCCGCCUCACGACGGCCGCCGCCGUCGCUGUCACCGCCGCCGCCACCGCGUCCGCUCUGCCGCAGAAUAGACUCGAAAUGACCGUCGAGCGCACCGAUAAGGCGAUACAGUCCGAGAUACAAGCGCCCACGUCAACCGAUAGCGCCGAUAAGAAUAUCGAACGCGCAGAACAUGAAACGCUGGACGGUAUCAAGGUGAUCGCCGAGGACUGCGCGUCGGUGUUAUCGGAGUCGGUCGAUAUGCCAGACCACCUUGAGGCGGAGAAGGCGUUUCCGUCUUCGAACGAGUCGGGCGAAUCGAGCGAUUCGGAGGCCGGAGUCGCCCACAGAAGUUAUGAUCUCAGAAGCGGCGCCCCCGAGGAGCCGGCGACGUCGGAUGAAGACUCAGACGAUUCGGGGGGUGGAGGGGGUCAGUUUUCGCGCGUGUUCGUCGUCAACCCCGCGGAUUCGUCUUCGGAUAUGGAAGAUAACGCCGACAGCAGUGGUAUCGAUUGCGACGACUCCUACGAUAAAAAAUCCGACAGUUUAGAAAUAAUGGCAGCCGAUAGACAUCCAAAUGUGAACAUUGAAGCGGAAUCCGAUGAAAAUGUGCCCCAAAUUAAUAACGACAACGUCGUUCUAUUGGAGACCGUGAAUUUUGUUGAACGCUAUCCUGUGAUCGCUUACUGCAGCAAUAGUGAUGAAAAUAGUGAAAGUUCCACGAGAACGUCGAAUUUUAUUAAAUUUUGUGAUGAAAACAUGCUCAAAAGUGAGGUCUGUGAAAAGUUCAACAGCUUCAAUAAUUGCAGUGACGACUAUACCAGUAGCUUAGAUUAUCAAACUAACGCAGAAAAUACCCAAAGUAGUGGAAAUUCCGAAAAUAUCGAGUGCGAUUCAUUAGACAAUUCUUUUAACUCCGACUGUAACAUAAAAGUGUCAGUCGAAUUAUCCGAUAACGAUUUUUACCAUAGCGAUAAAUUAUCUGCGAAUACAAAACAAAUGCACCAAAAAAAACAAUCGUCAUCGGAACAAGAGGAAACGAGUUUGCCGGCCUCAUCGUCACCGAGCGUAGAAAAAAUAGACUUAUUCAAAGGUAUCGAACGUACGCUCAGUGAAUUACUGAAGAAAGAAUUAAUGGAGGACCAAGGGGAGGAGAAAAUGCACGGUCCGCGGCCGGUUUGCGCGGACGCGGGGGGGAGUGCGGGCGCACCUGUGGCGGCGGCAGUCAGCCGCUCGCGCACGGCCGGGGCGGACGGCGCGCGCUUCACGAGCCGCGUUAUGAUCACGCACGACAGCGUCUCCGUGGUCACGUCGGACACGACGCGGCUCAUGCGUGACAUCGUGGUGCACCACACCAACUCGCAGAGCGAGCCGGAACCCGGCGCCAGUGAACGACAAAACGAAACAAACGAACGAUCGCUGUCCGACGACGAGUCGCAACCUUCGGGUGGAGUGACUGUCGUUAGCAAUUCCGACACUCUCUCGGCGGUCGUGUGCCUCGAGGAGGGGCUCGCAGACGACGACUCGUGGGUCGAGGACGUCAGCCACGAUGACGACGACGCCACCUCGACGUCCGACUCGGACUCCGGGGACGAGGCGACCUUGCCCACCCGCGGAGACGAGUUUGCGUACUGCAGACGUUCCUUAGAUUUUACGUUACACACCAUAGUGGAAGAGAGUUGCGAGGAAAGUGAAACCGAACCCACUAUGAAAACGAGGCCGAUAUCGGCCACCGAACUGGAAAAAUACUUUUUCUACGGUUUAGCCGACGGCAGGAACGUUCGAGACGACGAAGAUCCGGUGUCGGAAACAUCGAGCGUGUGCAGUGAGGGUGGCGAGUCCAUUGUUGAUGCCGAACAACCGAAACGGAGUGGUGAUAGUGACGAAUUAGUGUCGUCGCGGUUAGAAAAAUAUUUCUUGUCCGGCUUUAUGGGUUUCACUCAGGAGAGACGGGAAUCCGACGGGUCAGGCAGUGUAGGCAGCGAUAGUGAAGGUAAACAAAGUCCCGAACAGAGGCGAAAGCGACUGGUUCGCGCCCGGGGCACGCCGCGGUCGCAUUCUUCUUCUCUAGACAAUCUUUUGACGGGGGACGAGCCGUCCCAGGAUCCUCAAGAGAUUUCAGACGGCUCGAGCACUGAAACCGAAGAUCGGCACGAAUCACUAGAGAGGCUCGAUAUGCAAGGUGAAACGAAAAGGAAGAAACAGAGUAAGAAGCAGCGAGGUUCACCUGCUGACGAAAGGCGGCAGUCGGUGGAGUUCCCGGACGAAACCCGCGACGACGCGAGGUCAGUGUCGGAGGGCGAGGACGGGAGAUCGUCACCGCGAGUAGAAUUCCCACCUCUCGGCUCCGAGCUCUCUGAAUCAAAAAAACAAACUAGCAGAGAUAGCGGAUUCGUAGGUAGCUGCGAUGAUUUGUUACGGAGCGGUGAUUCGAGCUCCGAAUUCAACAGGUCACAUGAGCCAAAAACCGAAUUAGAAGAAAUAAUUGAGGAGGUGAGGCCUGAGGUAGACGAACGAGUCGAAAGGCCGCCGACCUCCCGCCCCCCGCCCAGUCCCUUGACCCGUAAAGAUAGCUUUAACAACUGGUCGUCCGACGAGGAAACCAAUUUAAUGAUGACAAAAAUGCGCCAGUUUUUCAAACAAAUGGUCAACACCGCAAACGUCAAAACAUCAACAGUAUUAGCGUCACCCAACGCAGAAAGUCCCCCGAAACCACCGAAGCCACCGCAACUACUUUAUUUUGAAAGUGAAUUAACGAGGCUAAUGAAAACAGUUCCGGGUAUACGAGACGAGGAGGUGCGCGAAAUUGUUGAAUAUUUAUCGAGCGAAGACACUUGGAGUGACUCGUACGACUCGUCAGAUUACGCGGGCUCCGACUUGGAAGGCACCGCUGCCAACAGGUCGGCGUUGAGGAAGCAAAUAUCGGAGAGUUGUAGGGAGAUAAUCGACGAGUUCGAUCGCGGGAACAGUGAAGCUGGGUCUCUGGAGCGAGACGCGGCGGGAGCGUAUCAGAGACUGGCGGCGACGUUAGGGCGGGCGGGAGACGGUUCCCCGCCUCUGUUCGGGAAGGUUAUGCGUCACAUUGGCGGGAGACUGGUGGCGCUGAUGCAUGAGGUGUCCGCUGGAGCUUCUCCCAGCACAGACGACGACAGUGCGUCGGAACCGGGCGCGCUAGCCCGUAGUCGAUCUCAUGACAUUCUCGAGGCUACGGCUAGUAGGGGCAGUGUCGCGAGUGACUGUGAAAGAUUUUCGUGGCGCGGUAGUUUUGAAUCGGCUUUGCUCGCGGCCGACUCGAGAGGAACUUUGGGCGGUGACAGAUGUGAGGCGAGGAGGUCCCCGGCCGGGGCUGAGCUGGCGGCUCAGAAGUCCCACUCUAGAAGUUGUGGGGCGAUCAGUGGAAGUGAAGAUCGUUUGUGGCGGGGGAGGCGGCGAGCUUCGGCGCCUGAUGCAGAGUCAGAAGAGGAACAGCGAGCGGGGUCGCUGCCCCGCCUACCGUCGAUCACGGGUCCGAGCCCGGCGCCGGCUGGCCCGGUGAAGUCGGCCCGGUACCGUGCGCCGGGCUUUAGAACGGCCACGCGUGCGGCGUCGGCCCCCGGCUUGCACGCACCGCGCCGACGCCGACCACCGCCGCCGCAACCGUCGGCGCCGUCGGCGCCCGCCUCAGCUCCUAGUUUACAGGAUGAGGUGUACAUAUCAGAAGCGGUAUCGCCAGGCCAUGCUACGUUACCGCGACGGUCAAACUCCCCCUUGCCUCAUGAACGUGAUAUGGACCGAGACAGAUUCCCCAUCAAUAGGAGUGGACUGCAGGCGCGUUCAGAAUCCAUGGCAUCGGUGUACUCUGGCGCCGGCGAAGGUUUACGCGGCAGUGUGACGGUGAAGGGAGAAGUGCAGUUCUCGCUGUUGUACAACUACAGGCUCGGCGCUUUGGAAGUGGGAGUCAAACGGUGUCGAGAUCUCGCCCCCAUUGACGUCAAAAGAAACCGUUCUGAUCCUUAUGUCAAGGUGUACUUGUUGCCAGACAAGUCCAAGGCCGGCAAACGGAAGACAAAGGUGAAGAAGAACACCCUGAACCCCGUGUUCGAGGAGACGCUGAGCUUCGUGCAGCCGCUGGCCUCGCUGUCCGCGCGGACACUGUGGCUGAGCGCCUGGCACGCCGACAUGUUCGGCCGCAACGACUUCCUCGGGGAGGUGACGCUGUCGCUGGCCGACGUCGUGUUCGACGACCCCGCGCCCAUGUGGUACAAGCUUCACGAGCGGACGGAACAAUUCGACGAGCAGCACGGCUCGCGCGGGGACCUGAUCGUGGGGCUCAAGUUCGAGCUGAAGGACGCGGCGCGCGGCUCGGGCACGCUGCACGUGCUGGUGAAGGAGGCCAAGAACCUCGUCGCCAACAAACCUAACGGCCUGUGCGAUGUCUUUUGUAAAAGCUACCUCCUCCCGGAGCGCGGGCGGCUCGCGAAGCAGAAGACGGUUGUGGUACGGCGGUCGCUGAACCCGCGCUGGGAGCACACGUUCGUGUACCGCGGCCUCACCAUGCAGGAGCUGGCCACGCGCGCGCUCGAGCUCAGCCUGUGGGACCGCGACCGGCUCGCCUCCAACGACUUCAUGGGCGCCGUCAGGCUUUCACUGGCCACCGGUACUUACAUGGGCGCACCCGUCAACUGGAUGGACAGCGUGGGCAAAGAGAUCACCUUGUGGCAGAACAUGAUGCAGCAACCGAACCUGUGGGUCGAGGGGUCGCUACCGUUGCGACCUCAACUGAUAAAUUAAAAAUAUCUACAUACUUUACUCUAUGUAACAACAGCUUUUAGCAUUCCUAACUUUUACUGACGGCAAGGCACACCUGAUACAACGGCAUGGCAUAAUUUUUAUACAGUGUACAUUGAUUUUAUUCAACGAUGAUCAUUAUGAUCAUUAAAGUUUUUUGUUUACCGGGGCAUUGUUUUUGUACUUACCUACGGCUAUUUUCAUUAUAGUUCCGGAUAAAUUUAACAAUAAAUAAAUUUGUUAGGUACCUAUUUACUUUUUAUUUGUAUUAUAUAUUUAAAAUGAGCAUUAUGUGUAGUUUCUCCAUUUUUCUUGUACUUACUCUUUUUCAUUCAAACUCCCACGUCUAUGAAUUAUUAUGCUACGAGUAUGUUGUUAAUAAUUACAUGAAAAAUGCCUUGCCGUGCCGCCAGUGAUAUUAUCUUUAUGUUAUCAUUCUGACAUUUUACUGUUCCUUAUAGUGAUUUUGUAGAAACCCAUAUUUUAAAUCAAAAACUGUAUUUUUAUCAAAGGAUUUAUAUUAUUUACUCAGAACAGUACCUUGAUGUUUGUUUAGCGCUGGCCUGUUAAUGAUUCAAAUUAAAAAAAUAAAAUCUGUUAUAUAAAUUGUUUUGGUAAUAAUAUUUUACUCUGUUCAUGAGUAUUGGUUAAUUAAUACCCACAUUUAAAAUACAUAUUAUAGAAUUUUACUACUUCGACAAGCAGUAUUUAUAUUUAAAAGACUCUACGAAAUAGUCUUAUUUAGGAGUCCAGUGACAGAAAAUAGGAUUCCUAUUCACCUUUAUUAAGUACAUAUCUAAAUAUGUACUUAUUUAUAUGUCUUAUUUACAUUCUAUAACAUCAUGUGCCAAUUACUAGCAAUACGAACAAAUUGUAUGUAUAUAGGUACGAUUUAGUCGUAUAGCUGGUCUAGAACUGUGUAAGUUUACAAAAUUGUAUCUAAACCUAAUUUAAUUAGUAUUAAUUGAUGUUUGUGAAAUCUAUCUAUGUUUCUUCUUACAUUCCAGUAUGUGAUGUAAAUUAUUUUUUAAGACUUAUCCAAUGACAAUAAUAAUUAUCCUUAUUUUAUAAACUGCCUAUUAGGUAAGGACUAGAUAUAGUAUAAAUUAGGUACGCAUUUAAAUUUGAUUUAUUAUAAUGUACAAAAUAUUAAGUUUUCAUGGGUCCAUACUUUCUGCUCAUGCAUUGUGAUUAACUGUUAAAAUUGUAAUUUAUAAGCAAUCUAUAAAAUUAUAACAUCAUUGAAAAAUAAAUACUUAUAUUAUGUAUUCCUGUUACAUUACAUCGAAUUUUACGGAUACGUCCAUAGUUCGUAGAGUUAUUUGAUAUAAAUGUUAAAUAACGAAAUUAAGAUAGUGAUAAUUAAUAGUUAUAUAAAUAUAUUAGAAUUUAGAAGGAUAUUUUGUAAUAUUUUUUUUUAUAAAAUAGGUAAGUGGAAACCGAAAACGAUUUUGAAUAAAGAAUUUUAAAGAGA